AUGGAACAGAUGAUCGCGCUGAGUACACAAAAUCCAUUGUCCUUAUUGGUUAAAUUUGGAAUGAUGGCCUGGAACAACAGCUGUGGGAACGAUAACUGUUCCGGCCACGGGGAAUGCCAUAAUGGGACUUGUCUGUGCGAGAUCCAGUUUGACGGGCCGGAAUGCCACAUCCCAAAUCUAAGUUAUUACAUCGCCUUCGCCACGAUUUUUUUCAUACUCGGUUUCGUCUGCUUGAUACAACUUGUCAUGUGUAUCGUCGCCGAGUGGCAGCGGAUGAAGGCGCCGUCGUUUCUGAGAGCUUGCCGGGUCACUACUCAAAAAGUGUUGUACUUUGUGGUUUUCCUCGCGUCGAUGAUACGAGGGGCAUACUUCACCUCGCCGACUGCUUUUAAGGAAGGCUGGUCCAGGAGCUUGCUGUCAGCGUAUUACCCGUUGCUCUUGAGUGGAUCAUCGUUGAUCGUCUGUUUCUGGGCCGAAGUGGUUCAUCUGAGAGACAUUCGCUGGGACAAACCUCAGUUUUUGUCAAAAUCUUUUCUGGCCUUUGUUGUCUUCAACAUAAUAACGUAUUCCCUCUUAUUAGCGGAGUUUAUCACGGCUCAGACCUAUUCACAAGUAGAUCAAAGCUUUUAUGCACAUGUAUUCAAUGGCUGUUACGCAGUGCUCCUAUUCAUUGUAGUGAUCUUCUUCUUGAUCUAUGGAGUGGAAGUAUUUUUCAAAGUUCGUGGUGGAUUCUUAAAUGAAUGUCAAGUUACUUCCAUUGCAACGAAUAAACGUGUAGCUGAUACAACCAAAGUCCCUGCCGAGGAUCAAGUAACGGCGAAGUUGUUCGAUCCAGGUCCGUCUACAUCUACAGCAGAGCCUGUGCACAUGCAGCAAGUGAAUACGUCUCAAUUACAUCAGUCAAGAUUUGGAUUACUCUCUCAAGCUUUUAUGCUGUUUAUAGUAGUUGGUUUUCUGUUCAGCGAGACUCUCAGUGAAUUUUGGAAAACAAAGGUGCCAUUGUACAGCAGGAAUUGGCAUGACGUUGUGUUUCGUGUUAUUGAAGUUGGCGUCGCACUAUGGUUUCCUUGUGUUCUUUGGAAUUGUAUGAGUCCAGAGCAAUUAUGGAUCUUAAAUCCGAAGCGUUUAUUGAAGAGACUGGAUCUGGAUCAAGGGAAACACAUAAAGGAAAUUGAGUUGCAAGAAAAGGGCGCGUCUCAAGAUACCGCGUUUCUCUCUGCAGAUACAGCAUCGAUUAACAGCAAAGAUUGCUGGAUCUGUUAUGACAGUGAGAGACAAGAUGCUGGUCCAUUGAUACAACCAUGCUUUUGUAGGGGUGAUGUAAGUGCUGUACAUCACGACUGUUUGCGUCGCUGGCUCGUUGAGAGUUCUGUAAAUGCUGACAGUCUCGUUUGUAAAGUGUGCAAUACGAAAUACAAUGUUGAACAUGCUAGCCGAUUGGAUUGGCAAAACAGUUUGACCCCACGCCAUUGUCUACAAACUAUUGCUAUUGUUACCACGAUGUGUGGAUCUUCUGCUGCUGCCUGGAUAGUUAUCCAACUUGUAGAAGGACCCAUCAUUAGAAUGCUCGCAGCCGGAACUGCAUUACUGAUUAUGUAUGUCUGCAUAAGAUUCUUGAGCUUGAAUACCGUUGUAGCGUAUCAACGGGCCAAAAUUUCAUCGUUAAAUAUUGUUAACAGUGGUAGUGACAAUAGUGGGACUGCACAUGUUGCUACAAUUAGUCAUACGAUUUCGGUGGACUUGACGAAAUCGGACAUGGCUUCGAUAUAAUCUAUACUUGCCAUUGUGCUACGAGAACACAAGUAUCUUCCUACUUGAAGUAGAAAGAUUCAAAAUAGGAUAACUAGGUCCUAGAAUAAUGCCGAUGUGUACGCUUUUCAAGCGUAUGUAACGAUAAUGUACAAAACGACGAUGAUUAAGGUACGGUAUGUUUCCGUUCAAGGUUUUUAUAUGCUUCUUGUAAAAUAACGAAGUUGUUUUAUAGAACGCGAAUGAGAAAACUAAGAAGAGACAUACUGUAUCUACAUUUUCACGAUAGAUUUAAACCAGUUGCCAAACUUCCAUAUUUUACUCCUCCUGAUUAUUUCAUUAUAUGACAUUCAUGUUUUCAUUAUAUUCAUAUAUUCGUUACAUCGCGUAUAACAUAUAUAUAUUUAUAUAUAUAAUUUACAUACUUGUAAGGUAUUAUCCACAAAAUAUGGACGAGAUAUGUUGUAAUUACUUUAAUUACUUUAUUUUGUUGAAGAUAUUACGUUAUUAAUAAGUUGUAUCUCAUAUUUAUAUAUAUAAGCAGUAAAAAUUUGAAUAUCAAGUUUUAAAAUUGCCAUGAAGAUUGUAUUAUAAAAAGUAUAUCAGUAGUAUCAGUAAGCAAUCGCUGUUCAAAAAGAUAAUACAAUUUUCACAUAGAUAUGAGUAAAAUAUAAUUUCACUGGUGCAAUUUAUCUAUUUAGUAUUUAUAAUUACGUUAAUUUUAUAAUU